CUGGUAUUUACCACCUAGACUGAAUCUCUCCCUGUUUUCUCUUUCUCUCUUUGUUAGCUAAGCUAUGCUUACGCCAGACGCAAUAAUAUGAAUAUUUACAAUUGGAAAGUGCACAUAAUGCGCUGGGAGAGUUCACUGUUACGGUAAUUAAGCAUAUCGAGGUCUAUUGCAUAAUGGCAGUGGAAUAUAUGGUAUUUGUUAUAAGGUUUGAAUAAAAUUCUGUUCAAAGCUGCAGUGAUGUUAGCUUUUAAUCAAUAUUGUUGGCAGAACAUGGCUAAAGUCCGGCGAGGGCUUUUGCCAUAUAAUCUCAGUGCUCACAAUCAUAUUGCCUUCUGUGCAGAACCAGCUUUGGAAAUUUUAGCAUAUAAUUUCAGUUCAGACCUUUUUCCACUGUCAAACCCUAAACCAAAUGAAGGAAAUAAAAAUAUAGCCGCUUUGGGGGCUAAAUCAGGAAAGAAAUUUAUAUGUGUGUUAGAGACAACAGGCAUGACAGGAUUAUCCACAAGAAGAAGCAUGUCAAAUAAAAAAUGGCCACUUCAAACACAUUGGGUGUCAAUGUCAGGAGGGAACAUAGAAACAAACUGCAUUUCAGCAAGAAAAAUAUCAGGUUGCAGCUUGCAAAGUUGCCUGCUGGAUAGGAAAAAUAUUGUUUUUAGAUUACCCAGUAGGGCAGCUUCUAGCCAGCCAAAUAAGCCUGUUGAGUAUAAGCUGCCAUCUGUGACAUGGGGUGUUGUAUUUGGGCGUAAAGAGAAGCUUGUUUCCAAAGUAAUUAUCUGUGACUACUUGAAAAGCCUAGGAAUAGUGCCGGAUGAGUUAGAAGAUAUAGAGCUUCCUUCAACAGUCGAUGUUAUGCGAGAGAGAGUCGAAUUCCUGCAGAGAAUAGGUCUCAACAUAGAUGACAUCAAUCUGUAUCCUCUCAUGCUGGGUUGCAGUGUGAGGAAAAACAUGGCCCCUGUACUGGACUAUUUGGAUAAAGUGGGUAUACGAAGACAAGACAUGGCCAGUUUUCUAAGAAAAUAUCCUCAAGUGUUGCAUGCUAGCGUUGUUGUAGAUCUUAUGCCAGUUAUCAGAUUUCUUCGAGGUCUUGAUGUCGAGAGAGAAGACAUUCCAUAUGUCUUACUCAAAUAUCCUGAUCUUCUUGGAUUUAAACUUGAUGGGACAAUGAGCACUUCAGUUUGUUACUUAGUUACUAUUGGGGUGAGGCCUAGAGACAUUGGGCCAAUGGUGACACAGUAUCCUCACAUUUUGGGUAUGCGAGUUCAGACAGUGAUCAAACCAUUUGUAGAUUACCUUAUAUGUCUAGGACUUCCCAAACAAGUUGUGGCCAGAAUGAUUGAGAAAAGACCAUAUAUUCUUGCAUAUGACAUGGAAGAAUCAAUGAAGCCCAAUGUGGAGAGCCUGCUUACUUUUGGCAUACGGAAGGAGGCUCUUCCUUCUGUGAUUGCACAGUAUCCGCAGAUUCUUGGGACUACAUUGAAGCCUAAAUUGUUUUCCCAACAAUACUUUUUCAAUUUUAAUAUCAAGGUAGAUCCAGUAGACUUUGGUAGAGUUGUGGAGAAGAUGCCACACAUUGUCAGCCUUCCUCAGACACCAAUUCUAAAACGAGUAGAAUUUUUGAGAGGCCGUGGUUUCUCGGAUGAAGAUAUAACAAAAAUGGUGGUUGCUUGCCCCCAAUUGCUUGCCAUAAGUGUGGAAGUUAUGAAACAUAGUUUUUAUUAUUUUAAGACUGAGAUGAAUAGGUCGCUGCAAGAACUUGUAGAAUUUCCUGCUUACUUUACUUACAAUCUGGAAUUCAGAAUCAAGCCUCGCUUUCAGAGAAUGUCAAGGAAGGGCAUCAGUGGCAGUCUAGAUUGGAUCCUCAAUUGCAGUGAUCAAAGGUUUGAAGAAAGACUAGAGUCUAAUUAUAUCGAAAUUGAGGAAAAUGGCCCAUCAUUCAGUAUGGGAGGACAGCUGAAGCUACCAGGGGAUGAUGCUGAUUCAGAAGAGGAAGAUGAGGAAAGUGAGGAUGAAGUAUUCUAUAGACGGACAGUCACACUUUAGUGAUAGGUGAAUUGCUUCCCGUUGAAGUUGACAAAUAUUGUAAUGGACCUUUUUCUCAUUUUUCAAAAACGGAAAAUAGGUUCCACCAAAUUCACGUCCUCAUAGUUUUAUGUUAGUCUUUAUUUUUGUGCUUCAGGAUAUUAUUUUAGUGGCUUUAUUAUAGGUGUAAGACAUCAGAUCAUGAAUCUAAAAAAGCACGUCCGGUCUGUCUCUUAUACUGUGUAAAAAAAAGAGAGUCAAGAUUAAGGGCCAGGUGGGAUUGUCUGUAGAAGUUACCUUUUGUUGUUCAACCAGUUGAUUUUCUUUAAAUUUAAUCUUCCUAAUUUGUUUGA